GGAGCGAAGGAACAGGCUUUCGUGAUACACACUAAGCGCCCUCCACAUGCCAAUGUUAUAAGGCCAUAUUCGCCGGAGAAUUCUUGUUUGAACGUCUUCGUACAAACUGCACGGCCAUGUCCAUGUUCGUGGAUCUCACUUCUGCCGUUCUGACUCCGACCGCAAUGGUCGUGCCACGUGCGCUCACCUGGGCAGCAGCGUUAUUUCUCUUGGCAUGGGUUUCCAAGAAGUGGGGCCUGCAAUGGAUUCGCACCUGGCUAAGGAUGAAGUCACUGCCGGGCCCUUCGGACUGGAUACCCUUCUGGCUUCUCACCAGCAUAUUAUGGAGAAAUAGAAGACAGCUCGAAAAAGAGAGCUUCACAACAGUUGUUUUCAACACCAUCAAAGAUCUGACCAAGGAGUACGAAUGCAAGACGUUCAAGGCGUACCUGGGCGUCUUUCCUAUCGUGGUAAUACACACGCCUGAGGCUGCGCAGGCUGUUCUCAUGGGAAAAGUGAAGUCAGACAAGCCCUUCCUGUACUCAUUCCUAAAGUCAUGGCUUGGUGAGAAGAGCCUUUUGAUGAUUGGCGGCGAUUCUUGGAGAUCCAAACGCAAGGUUUUUAUGCAAGCUUUCCAAGCAAAUGCUAUGGAAACCUACCGUGGCUCCAUCGGAAAGAGCGCGGACUGCUUUGUGGCACGCAUAGAUAAGAUGCUGAAGGAGGAGCCUGACGAGCCCAUACGAUGCCUUGAGAACGUGCAAAAGUGCGCAUUGGACAUUAUUGGACAUGUUGCCCUUGGGGUGGACUUGGGAGUUCAGGAAGAGAAGCACGGAAACUAUGGCGGCUACUUUAACUUGCUUACAAUGUUGGUGAGCACGAGAAUUUUCCAGCCUUGGCUAUGGCUGGAUCAGAUUUACCGACUGACGCCCGAUGGCCGCCUGUUUCAAAAAAACCUGCGAAAGAUUGAAGCCAUCGUGUACGGCGUAAUGAACAUACGGAAGGAUGAAAUGAAGAAGCAAUCAGAUCAGACCACCAACAGCAACAAGCUUCCGAAAAUUGGAGACGCCAGCGGUUCGUUGUUCCUCGACAGCCUUCUGCUAGAACACAUGAAGGCGCCUUCCACGUACACGCUGGACGGUGUGAGAAAAGAUGCCGAUUUCAUGAUGUUCGCGGGCAGUGACUCGAGUACGUGUGCGAUCAGCUGGUCCAUAUAUUUGCUCGGUCUUCAUCCGGACGUACAAAGGAAGGUUCAGGAAGAAUUGGACACUGUUUUCGGAGACCGUGAUGAAAUAGACUGCACUCAAGAAGACCUCAAACGUUUGCAGUACAUGGAGUGCUGCGUGAAGGAGAGCUUGCGACUGUGUCCUCCAUUCCCCUGCAUUGGAAAGAUCCUUGACGAAGACUUGACCAUAGAUGGGUGUACCUUGCCGAAAGGUGUCGCCUGCUUCGUUGUCAUGUAUAGCCUGCAUCGAAAUCCCAAGGAAUUUGAGAGACCAGACGAGUACAUACCGGAGAGGUUCAUGUCGGAAGAGAACAGUCGCCGCCAUCCCUUCAGCUACAUUCCCUUCUCAGCGGGGCCGAAGAACUGCUUAGGUCAGAAGUUCGUGAUGAUGGAAAUCAAGAUUGUACUGGCAAAGAUCUUAUCCAAGUUUACUGUAGAAUCUACGUGCGCGAUAGAAGACGUGCAGAUGACUUUUGAUAUUGUUCUCAAAGCCAAAGGAGGAUUGCCUGUGCGGUUCCGCAGGCGCAAGUAAUCGUAAAUAAAACCGUUUGAUCGUUUUACGAGAAUCAAGAUAUGUCAAAUCAUCAAAACAAUGAACACGCCAAAUUAUUUUUCAAAGUUCAAACGGUGCAUGCUUAUCGGUUUGGCAUGGCUGAUGAAGAUUGUAACAAUUUUAUUAAACCAUUGUAAACGUUUG